CUCAUUUAUCAAAAAAAAAAAAAAAACUCUCUUCACAUGCAUUAUUCAAGCUUUUUUCACGCUCAAUGAGUUGGGGUGUGAAUGUAAAUAUUAAUAUUAUUAUUGUUGUUGUUAUUUUUAAAAUAUUAUUAUUAUGGGGUGCACGUUCUCGGACCUAGCAGCUAAAUUCGCCUUCUUUCCGCCGACGCCGGCGACUUACGCCGUCAAGAAGUGGGACGGCGAAGGCGGCGGCGGAGGAGACGGAAAGCUGACGGCGGUGACGGUAUCGUCGUCGAGCUCCAAAAUGACGGCGUCGUCGUCGUCGGUGCCGCUAGCGGACGACAACGCGUUGGACGUGCUGAUGAUAGAGACGAAACACGGGAACAAGAUUGUCGCAUUCUAUCUGAAGAAUCCGUACGCUCGCCUAACGUUGCUCUACUCCCAUGGCAACGCCGCCGACCUCGGCCAGCUCUACGAUCUCUUCCUCCAGCUCAAGGUCAAUCUCAGGGUUAAUCUCAUGGGAUAUGACUAUUCUGGUUAUGGAGCCUCCACUGGCAAGCCUAGUGAAUCAAAUACAUACGCCGACAUAGAGGCGGUAUACGAAUGCCUUCAAACUCAGUAUGGUGUUAGCCAGGAAGAUCUAAUCUUGUAUGGACAAUCUGUUGGAAGUGGACCGACAUUGCAUUUGGCAGCUAAGUUGCCUAGGCUAAGAGGUGUAGUUCUACAUAGUGCAAUUCUUUCUGGCCUUCGUGUGCUCUGCCACGUGAAAUUCACAUUUUGCUUUGACAUUUACAAGAACAUCAACAAAAUAAAGAAGGUUAAAUGCCCCGUGUUGGUGAUACAUGGUACGGAAGACGAUGUUGUGAAUUGGUUACAUGGAGAUGGGCUAUGGAAAAUGGCAAAGGAUCCAUAUGAGCCGUUGUGGAUCAAAGGAGGCGGUCACUGCAACUUGGAGCUUUACCCUGAUUACAUCCGCCAUCUUUGCAGGUUCAUCCAUGAGAUGGAGAACAUUACCACCGAAGUUCGUCUCAAGAAGAUACGACAGAAUCUAUGUUUGCAAAAGAGGUCUAAUUCAUCGUCCGCUGCUACCACAAGCCGGUGCUGCAAAAUUAAAUGCUGGCGACCAAAACGCCCUGAAUGUUCUAGACCGAGGUGUGUCUCGUGCUCCUGGCGACCCAAAUGCCCUGAGUGUCUGAGACCUAGCUUCGGAAAAUGUUGUUGGAGACCUAAAUGCCCGACAUGCUCGUGCCCAAAAUGCUCGUGGCCGAAAUGCUCGUGCCUGAAAUGCUCGUGCCUGAAAUGCUUGUGCCCGAAAUGCUCGUGCCCGAAAUGCUCGUGCUCGUGCCCGAAAUGCUUGUGCCCGAAAUGCUCGUGCCUGAAAUGCUCGCGACCCUGCUGCUGCAUUCCAUGUUUUCGGUGGAGAUGCUGCGGCCCGAAAUGCUCGUGCCUGAAAUGCUCGCGACCCUGCUGCUGCAUUCCAUGUUUUCGGUGGAGAUGCUGCGGCGGAGAACAUUGUGGUGGGACAAGUGAAAAGCAGGCUGGCUAACGGUGGUAGCGAUCAUAUGUAUAGAUUGGUGAUACUUGCUAACGCCCUUCUAAUCUUUGUGCAGUAGUGCGAGAGGAAGUAGUUGUUUGAAUAGUUGUUGGUGGUAUAAUUGAAUAUUCACUUUGUUUUCUUUCUCAAUUCUUUUUCAUUUCUAUAACUUCAA